CCAUGUUCAAAUAAUUAGACUUCACCUCUUUCUAUUUCAUUUCCCUGUUUUCUCUUUCUCUUUCCUCCGAAAACUAAUCUUUCCCGACUUAUCAUCCCUGUCUUCACCUGUUAUCUCGAUCGAUCUCCUUUUAACUCAACCUCCGGUGGCCGUGAAAAUUCUCCGGAGCUUACGCAGUUGUUACUUGUCAGCUUGCAUUCGUUUUAUUCGGAUGAAACAUUGAAAAUUUUGAUAUAAAGUUGCCCUAAUUUAUACAUCUCCAUUUCCGCUCAGUGAUUUUAGUCACUUUGGCAGAAAAAUGAACAUCAACACAGAGGAAGACAUGAAGCCGGAUGGGAGUGCAAGCUCAUCUGCUUUACAUAUUGAAGUGAAUGGUAUUGAGAGGGAGUCAAAAUUGGAAUUAUUUGGUUUUGAUUCUCUUGUGAAUAUCUUAGGUCUUCGAAGUAUGACUGGAGAACAGAAUAAUGCACCGUCUAGUCCUAGAGAUGGAGAGGAUGUCUCUAUCAUACUCGAGCGCCCAAAGGCUUCUGAUGUUAAACUUGGAACUUUGAUGGGUGUUUUUUUGCCAUGCUUGCAAAAUAUAUUGGGGAUCAUAUAUUACAUUCGAUUUACUUGGAUUGUUGGUAUGGCAGGCGUAGGUGAGUCCUUGUUUCUUGUAGCAUUUUGCUGCUCGUGCACAUUCUUGACAGCCGUAUCAUUAAGUGCAAUUGCGACAAAUGGUGCUAUGAAGGGUGGGGGACCAUACUAUCUCAUUGGCCGUGCUCUUGGUCCAGAAGUUGGUGUCAGUAUAGGGCUGUGUUUCUUCCUUGGCACUGCAGUAGCUGCAGCUCUUUAUGUGUUGGGAGCUGUUGAAACAUUCCUUAGUGCUGUGCCACACGCUGGAAUUUUUACAGAAACCAUAACAAAGGUGAAUGGCACAACAGUCAGUCCUAUACACCAACCAAGUGUACAUGAUUUGCAAAUUUAUGGGAUCGUUGUGACAAUCAUCCUCUGUUUUAUCGUUUUUGGUGGUGUAAAGAUGAUCAAUCGAGUUGCACCUGCUUUUCUCAUACCAGUUUUGUUCUCAGUUUUAUGCAUAUUUAUUGGAAUUUUUGCAUCUGGACUAGACAAGCCUGCUGAGGGAAUUACUGGCUUGAGGUUAAAGACAUUCAAAGACAACUGGAGUUCUGCUUAUCAAAUGACUAAUGAAGCUGGAAUACCUGAUCCCAAUGGAUCAGUUUACUGGAGUUUUAAUGCAUUGGUUGGUCUUUUCUUUCCUGCUGUUACUGGUAUCAUGGCUGGUUCAAAUCGUUCUGCUCAAUUGAAAGAUACUCAGCGUUCAAUCCCUAUUGGAACAUUGGCAUCACAACUGGCAACCACUGGUUUAUAUCUGAUCUCAGUUUUAAUGUUUGGUGCUUUUGCUACCAGGCAAAAGCUUCUAACUGACAGGUUACUCACAGCAACAGUUGCUUGGCCUUUCCCGGUGAUAAUUUAUGUGGGCAUUAUACUUUCAACCUUGGGUGCUGCACUCCAGAGUUUAACAGGGGCCCCACGCCUGUUAGCAGCAAUUGCGAACGAUGAUAUUUUGCCCGUUCUUAAUUACUUUAAGGCAGCAGAUGGGAGUGAGCCACAUCUUGCUACCCUCUUUACUGCCUUCAUUUGUCUUGGGUGUGUUGUGAUUGGGAAUCUGGAUCUUAUUUCUCCCACUGUCACUAUGUUUUACCUACUGUGUUAUGCGGGUGUAAAUUUAUCCUGCUUUCUUCUGGACCUUCUUGAUGCUCCUAGCUGGCGUCCACGAUGGAAAUUUCACCACUGGAGUCUCUCACUCGUUGGUGCAUCUAUUUGCAUAGUGAUCAUGUUCUUGAUCUCGUGGUCAUUCACUAUUGUAUCUCUUGCACUGGCGUGCCUUAUAUACAAAUAUGUGUGCAUCAAGGGGAAGGCUGGAGAUUGGGGUGAUGGUUUCAAGAGUGCUUAUUUUCAGCUUGCCCUUCGAAGCCUGCGUUCUCUUGGAGCAAAUCAGGUACAUGCAAAGAACUGGUAUCCUAUUCCUUUGAUAUUUUGUCGACCUUGGGGCAAGCUACCCGAGAAUGUACCUUGCCAUCCUAAACUAGCAGAUUUCGCAAACUGCAUGAAAAAGAAAGGCCGUGGAAUGUCAAUAUUUGUCUCUAUACUUGAUGGGGACUAUCUUGAAAGUGCUGAAGAUGCCAAGAUUGCCUGCCAGCAGUUGAGUACGUACAUUGAAUACAAACAGUGCGAAGGUGUUGCAGAAGUUGUGGUGGCUCCGGACAUGUCUGCUGGCUUCCGUGGCAUCAUCCAAACCAUGGGCCUUGGAAAUCUUAAACCUAACAUCGUGGUGAUGCGUUAUCCAGAAAUUUGGCGCCGUGAAAACCUUAUCGAAAUUCCAUCAACCUUUGUUGGAAUAAUUAAUGACUGCAUUGUAGCAAACAAGGCAGUUGUCAUUGUCAAAGGCCUGGAGGAAUGGCCUAAUGAAUUUCAACGGCAGUUUGGGACAAUUGAUCUGUAUUGGAUUGUACGAGAUGGAGGUCUCAUGCUGCUUCUCUCACAACUUCUCCUAACUAAGGAGAGCUUUGAGAAUUGCAAGAUUCAAGUUUUCUGCAUAGCAGAGGAGGAUUCUGAUGUUGAAGGACUCAAAGCUGAUGUAAAGAAAUUUUUAUACGAUCUACGUAUGCAGGCAGAAGUUAUUGUUAUUACAAUAAAAACUUGGGAUAAUCAAGUAGAUGGGUCGCAACCGGACGAGUCAAUUGAAGCAUUUACAGCUGCUCAGCGCCGAGUUGCUGAUUACAUGUCAAAGAUGAAGGAAACGGCGGAGAGGGAAGGCACCCCUUUAAUGGCUGACGGUAGGAAUGUAAUAGUGAACGAGCAACAAGUCGAGAAGUUUCUUUACACCACCUUGAAAUUGAAUUCCACUAUGCUAAGAUAUUCGAGAAUGGCUGCCGUUGUACUUGUUAGCUUACCGCCACCGCCUCUCAAUCACCCAUCGUAUUUUUACAUGGAAUACCUGGAUCUUUUGGUCGAAAAUAUUCCGAGGCUUUUAAUUGUAAGAGGGUACAGGAAAGAUGUAGUUACCUUGUUCACAUAGUUUGACACCCAAUUUUCUGCUGUGGGGUUCACAUUUGAUGUAUACUGUAACGAUCAGAAAACUUGAAACAAGAGACUUGUUCAUAAUUUCUUCGGUUUUGAUAA